AUGAGCAAACCAUCAAAUAGAAUUGAGGCUUUCAAGAAGAGAGUUAAGGGAACUCGAUCAGGCCUUCCUGAAGAGGCCUCUGAACCCAGCAAUUUAGAGGAGCUUUCUUCCCAACGAGGAAUUCAUGAUGACUCGUUGAUAGAAGGUAUAGCCUUGAACGCGAACGUUGGGGAGAUGAAACUGAAUCUUACCGAGUCUUCGUCAAAGAAGAGAAAGAAAGCCACAAGCGAUAUUUCUUCUUCGUCUAAAAAGAAGAAAAAGAAAAAGCAAAAAGACUAUGACAAGGAUCCGAGCGAUGAUUUUGAAUUGGAAUCCAAGAAAGAGCAGAAGCAAAAGAGAAAAUCGUUACAAGAUAUUACAAAUUUCAUUCAAGAGAAGUCUCUUCUCAUGAAGAAAGGAAGGUCGUCGAAACUCGUGUCCAAUCAAACCAACAGAAGCAACACUUCCACCACCGACGAAAAUGAAGAACCAACACAAGACCUCGAGUCUGUUCGAAUCGAGCAAGCGUCGUCAUCCUCUCAGGUAGUGGAACAGAAGCGAGCAAAAGAGAAAACCACGAAAUCGUCCAAGUAUAAACAGCUGUUGCAACAAGAACUAUUGACUCAAUCUAAGAAAAAAUCUUACAAAACACAGUACGAACAGUUCGUGACUGAAGAAGUAGGAAAAAUUAGCGAGGAAAUUGUUUCCUCCUCGCUCAAAAUGUAUGGAUCAAACCAGAUGGAAUUGCUGGAUUUAUCAAUGCAUGACAGUCUCAACGACAGCUAUAAAGCUGUAUCCAUAGUGGACAGUUUAACGUCACAAUUAGUGGAAAGGUCUCCAAUUCAUGCUCGGUCACCAUCUGCACAAGACAUCGCUUACGAUCAAACAAAGACAGUUCUAAAGGAUAAUUCUCCGUUGUUGGGUCUUGCCGAAGACAGUUUUACUCUCCCCAAGUUUGAUAAGGUGGUGUCUAAUCCUUCCUCAAGCAACAAUGACGAUUCACUGAACCUUGGGGACUUAUCUGGAAGUCCCUUCUCGCUAAGGUACAAUGUAUUCUUCAAGGACUGA